AUGAAGAAGAGUGCGAAAGGCGAAGUUGUUUUAAGCGCAUGUCAAAUUCAAGCGACACGUCUCAAUCGACUUGAACAUCGCCGUUUACAACGUAGUGUUACUGUGUUACAUGACGAUUUAGAAGCACAUAUUGCUCGAAUACGUCGACAAGAACAAGGUUUAAGAUAUCAUUUUACCAAUGUUGUCCGAUAUAUCAAACCCAAUCGAUCCUAUCAAGCUUGGAAACAAGCACAUGCAGAUGAAAUCGCGCUAGAUCAAGAACAGGAGUAUAUAGAGUCACUCAAAUUCAAACAAAGACCGACUACAACAAUUCGUAGAAAAGCAACGCCAGGAUCACUCAGUUUAUCGACAUCAUUAAAAGAAACUUCAGCUAAACCAUAUCGUCCUUUACUUUUAUUACUAGAACCUGCAAUUGAAAGAUCGUCCGAUCCGCUUUUUAACAUCGAUGGAAAUAUGUUUCGACCGAAAACAUCGCCAAAUAAUAAACAAGCGCCUGACUCGCAUCGAGUGAAUCCACUAUUGACUAUGCUUGGUGGGCGUCCAAGUAGUUCAAUGAUUACCGCACGACAAGUAAAUUCAUCUGAGCUAUCUUCAAAUUAUUCAUUUUCAUCUGCCGGCACAGCCAAUGGACGGAAAUUAAUACAAGGCAAAUAUAUUAAAGACCAUAAAGAAUCUGAUCUCGAUGCUAUCUAUCGGAUUGCUUUACAAAAUCAAGCAGCUUAUAAGCCUGUUGAAAAUAAACGAAUCGAAGAACGUAAAUUAUACGAUAAAGAAUUCGCUUCGCAACAUCGAGCUCUUAGGGGUAGUAUGCGAUCGGCCGGUGUGUCUAAUAAACUUGACUAA